UUUAUUUUUGAAUAAGUUAGUGAAACCAACUAGGUUGCACAAUAUUUUGUAGUAUUCUCUGUCUUUCUCAUAGGGAUAUAUGCAUCAGGUCCACAUUUUUCAUGAUACACCAAAUCUUAAAAAUGAAAGAACGUAAUUAACUCUCACUUAUAUAUCUAUAUAUGUAUUAUAUGUAUAAGUAUAUGAUAUUUGUGGCAUAGUUUAUUUCAUUACAUUCAAUAGCAGUAAUGGAUGCUCCUUCUCCUUUGCACAUAGCAAUGUUUCCAUGGUUUGCUAUGGGACACUUAACUCCAUAUCUUCACUUCUCCAACAAAUUAGCAAUAAGAGGUCACAAAAUAUCGUUCUUCAUCCCUAAAAACACACUCAACAAGUUACAACAUCUCAAUCUUCAUCCAAAUCUUAUUACGUUUUUCCCUAUCACAGUUCCUCAUGUUAAUGGCCUUCCUCAUAAUGCUGAAACAACUUCAGAUGUGCCAUUUUCUUUAUUCCCUCUUAUUGCUACAGCCAUGGAUCAAACAGAUAAACAAAUUGAACUUCUUUUGAAGGAGUUAAAGCCACAAAUAGUUUUCUUUGAUUUUCAAUAUUGGCUACCUAACUUGACUCAAAAACUUGGUAUCAAAAGUCUUCAAUACUUGAUAUGGAAUCCCAUAUCAUCAGCUUACCUUGGAAAUAUACCAAGAAAAAGUCAGGGAAAAUAUUUAACCAAAGAUGAUCUCAAAAAACCACCUGCAGGGUUCCCUGAUUCAUCCAUCAAGUUUCAUUCACAUGAACUUCGCUUCCUAGCUUCAACCAGGAAAAUAGAAUUUGGCAGUGGUGUUUUACUGUACGAUCGCGUUGACACAGGCACAAAGUCUUCAGAUGCAGUUUCUUUCAAAGGUUGCAGAGAGAUUGAUGGUCUAUAUGCUGAUUAUCUUGAAACUGUUUUUGGAAAACCUGUUCUGCUUUCAGGUCCUCUGUUACCUGAGCCACCAAAAGCUACUUUAGAGGAGAAAUGGUUAACAUGGCUUAAGGAAUUCAAACAUGGUUCUGUGAUUUUUUGUGCGUAUGGAAGUGAAGGUCCAUUAGAAACAAAUCAAUUUCAAGAGUUGUUACUUGGUCUUGAGUUAACAGGUUUUCCAUUUCUUGCAGCACUUAAGCCACCAAUUGGAUUUGAGUCAAUUGAAGAAGCUUUACCAGAAGGGUUCAAUGAAAGGAUUAAAGGAAAAGGGAUUGUGUAUGGAAGUUGGAUUCAACAACAAUUGAUUUUAGAACAUCCAUCUGUUGGAUGUUUCAUAACACACUGUGGAGCUGCUAGUAUAACCGAAGGACUUGUUAACACGUGUCAGUUGGUUCUGUUGCCACGUGCAGGUGCGGAUCAUAUCAUGAAUGCAAGAAUGAUGAGUAGUACGUUGAAGGUUGGUAUAGAAGUUGAGAGAGGUGAAGAAGAUGGGUUGUUUACAAAAGAAAGUGUAGGCAACGCUGUGAGAAUUGUGAUGGAUGAUGAGAAUGAGGUUGGAAAAGAAGUAAGAGCAAAUCAUGCCAAAAUGAGAAACUUUUUAUUGAGCAGCAAUUUAGAAUCUUCCUGUGUUAAUAGUUUCUGUCAGAAGCUUUAUGAUUUGCUCUAGUAUUUUUAGUUACAAUGAUAAUGAAUAUUGCUAAUUCAGUUUGUUUAUGAAUAAGAAUGCUCUAUCAAUUUCAGUAGAUCAAAUAAUAUUACAAUUCAACAACUGAUUUAUGCAAUCUUUGCACUCUCAUUAUAAGCAGUUUAAUAAAACAGGCAGGUUAGCAAUACACUUGAA